AUGCGCGUCCCUCGCGUUAACACCACGAUGGCGAAAAGAAGUGCUCACCGAUCGGAUGGUGAGGCCACAAUGGCUCAAGCAACAACUCCCGCUCCACCAAAGGAGGACAACACAAGGAAGCGCAAGAGAAGGAAGCGCAACAAGCGGGCGAAGAAGAACGACGAGGCGAAGAUCAACGACGAGGCCUAG